UUUCAAACUCCAAACGCAGCCGAUCACCACCAGCAUUUCCCUCCUCCCCUCACUCCGUACCCCGCGAUUGUCCGUCCUCGCGCUCUCCCGACCGCGGUAGCCAUGGGCACCCUCGUCGGCCACGUCGCGCCGGGCGCCGGCUUCCUCCUCAUAGGCCUGUGGCAGCUGUUCAACCACAUCCGGCUGUUCUCGCUGCGGCCCGGCUCCUACGCCGCGCCGGUCUGGUUCCCCGCGCGCGGCGUCCGCCACCUCGAGCUCAUCCUCGUCAUCGUCGGCACGUCGAUGUCCAUCCUGAUGGAGCUCGUGAUCGGCCCCGCGAAGCACCAGCCGUUCGACGACGACGGGACCAUCCCGUCCGACCACCUCCACAACUUCGAGCACGCGUCCAUCUCGCUCGCCCUGCUCGCGUUCGCCGCGGUCACCAUCCACAUGGACAGGGUCCGGGCGCCGAUGCGGGACGCCGUGUCGCAGCUGGCCGCCGCCGCGGCGUUCGCGCAGCAGCUGCUCAUCUUCCACCUCCACUCCGCGGACCACAUGGGCGUGGAGGGGCAGUUCCACUGGCUGCUGCAGGCCGUCAUCGCCGUCACGCUGGUCACCACGGUGCUGGGCAUCCCGUACCCGCGGAGCUUCGUGGUGAGCCUGGUCAGGUCGGCGAGCCUCGUGUUCCAGGGCGUGUGGUUCAUCGUCAUGGGCGUCAUGCUCUGGACGCCGGGGCUCAUCCCCAAGGGGUGCUUCCUCAACCGCGAGGACGGCCACGACGUGGUCCGGUGCCGCACCGACGAGGCGCUCCACCGCGCCAAGUCGCUGGUCAACCUGCAGUUCAGCUGGUACCUGACGGGCACCCUGGUGUUCGUCGUCGCGUUCUACCUGCAGGUCAGCAGGCUGUAUCCCGAAGAGCCGCAGUACUUGCCGCUGGUCAAGGGGGGACGCGCCGGCGGCCGGUUCAGCAUCGGGGACGACGACGAUCACGAGGACGAUGACGACGAGGAUGAUGACAUGGAGGCCGCGAAGCGUGGCUACGGGCACGUGGUCAGCGGCACAAAACCCAUGGAGGUAGAGAGGUAGUAGUAAAACUGGAGCCGUAUACCGUAUGAAAGGAAGGAACGGUCAAGAUGCAUGGUCGUAUUUAUAUACAUACAACGGUCAAGAUGUAUGUGUUGUAGAUUGUAUAGUUCUUUCACUUUGGUGGAUUUGGUUUCACCGAGUGAACUGACCCGUAAAUGCGGGUGAAGUUCGUGUUUGGUCACUUUAAAUUUGUUGGAGAUUUGUUUGUUUAUUUAGGCUGGAUUGUUGUUCCUGAUCGUCGGAGUACAAUGGAUUCAUUGGCUGGCUUGUGGAUG